CAGAGCAAAACGAACAACCCCAAAAUCUAUAUCGCCCCCACACACACCCCUCACUCUGGAGGCUAUAAACCCUGGAAACCUAUAUUUCCACGAUUCUCUUGACACCCACUGACUGCAACCGUUAAAUCAUUUUCUUUCCAUUACAUUGCAAGAAUUAUGGCAGAAGUUGAUCAAAGUAUUGUGGAGCAUGAUGUGGAUCAAGCGGCAGUUCCUGGACUGGAUAUUGUUGUAGAUCAUGGCGUGGAUCAUGCUGUGGAUCCUGACAUAGAUCAUGCUGUGGAUCAUGCACUUGAUCAUGGUGCGAAUCAUCCUGUUGACCAGGGCUUGGAUCAACCUACACAUAGCUUGGUUGUAGAGCAUAACGUCGAUCACCCUUUAGAUCAGAAUGUGGAUCAUGCUAUAAAACAUAGUUUAGACCAUGCAGAAGAUCACGUGCCUGAGAAUUUUCAGGCUCAAGAAAAACAAGGACAUGAUGAUGAUACAGUUGCUGGAGGUGGUGAAAAGAAGUGGCCUGGAUGGCCUGGAGAGAGUGUGUUCCGGAUGUUAGUUCCUGCACAAAAAGUUGGUAGUAUAAUUGGACGCAAAGGGGAGUUCAUUAAAAAAAUUGUUGAGGAGACAAGAGCUCGCAUUAAGAUACUUGAUGGUCCUCCAGGGACUACAGAAAGAGCUGUAAUGGUAUCUGGCAAGGAGGAACCUGAUUCUUCUCUCCCUCCUGCCAUGGAUGGCCUUCUGAGGGUCCAUAAACGGAUUGUUGAUGGUUUGGAGGGUGAUUCUUCUCAUGUCCCCUCUGGCACAGGGACCAAGGUUUCAACAAGGUUGCUUGUACCAGCCUCACAAGCAGGAAGUUUAAUUGGAAAACAAGGAGGAACUGUUAAAUCUAUUCAGGAAGCAUCUGGUUGUGUCGUUAGAGUUCUUGGAGCAGAAGACCUUCCUGUCUUUUCUCUCCAAGAUGAUAGAGUUGUUGAAGUAUUGGGGGAUCCAGCUAGUGUGCACAAAGCAGUGGAGUUAAUUACUUCUCAUCUAAGGAAGUUUUUAGUUGAUCGUAGUAUGAUUCCAUUAUUUGAAAUGCAUAUGCAAAUGUCAAAUCAUCAGAUGGAGCGCAUGCCGCCACAUCAAUCAUGGGGUCCACCUCAAAAUCUUCCUCUAAAUGCUGGUGGAGGUCCUGGUUUUGGACCUAAUCCUCAAUAUAUGCCACCUCCACGGCAAAUUGAGAAUUACUAUCCUCCAGCUGACUUGCCACCUCCAAUGGAAAAACAGCCUCAUCAUGGUAUAUCUACUUAUGGAAGAGAAGCUCCUGCCGGUAUCCAUGCAUCAUCAAAUCCCCAAGCAGCACCAUCAGUGAUUACACAGAUUACACAGCAAAUGCAAAUUCCAUUAUCUUACGCUGAUGCUGUUAUUGGGACGGCUGGUGCAAGUAUUAGCUACACUCGACGUGCUAGCGGAGCAACUGUUACUAUACAAGAAAGUAGAGGUUUUCCUGGGGAAAUGACAGUUGAAAUCAGUGGAACUGCUUCCCAAGUGCAAACAGCUCAGCAGCUGAUACAGAAUUUCAUGGCGGAAGCUGCGGGAUCAGCCCAAACGCAUGGGCCCACAGACCAAGGAUAUAAUCCUUAUGCAGCUCAUGGUUCUGUUUAUGCAUCCCCCCCAUCCAAUCCAGGACAUGCUGGCUAUACCGGAGGCUAUGGCUCAGUCUAUGGCACAAACUACGGGUACUAAGCAUAAUGUCUCUGAUUUAGUUUGGUCAUUCAUUGAGGCUGUAAUGGUUUCUAAUUUGGUUUGUAAAAUCAUCAAAUAAUUUUUACCAAGACAACUUUAAUGUUGUAUUUUGAUUUCGUGUAGAUUGUCGGUUAGAUUAGAACUAGUCACAUAUGUUAGAUCUGUUUGUGCAUGAGGAUAACCGUGGAGUUGCAAAUGCAGUAUGUUGAAUUUGCUUCCGACUUUGUGGUUCUAUAUAAAUAGUAUCAUAUGUGUUUUGCUUAGA